AUGUCAAAGUAUAUGAAGUUCUUGAAGGAUAUUUUGACAAAGAAAAGGAGGCUUUGUAAAUUUGAAACGGUUGCUUUGACUGAAGGCUGUAGUACUAUUUUGAAGAAUACAAAUCCACCUAAGUUGAAGGAUCCAGGCAGCUUCACAAUUCCUUGUUCUAUUGGUGGUAGAGAUGUUGGUAGAGCCUUAUGUUAUUUAGGGGCUGGUAUCAAUUUGAUGUCCAUGUCUAUUUUCAAGAAGUUGGGAAUUGGAGAAGCAAUGCCCACCGCCUUCACUUUGCAAUUAGCAGAUUGUUCUAUGGCACAUCCGGAAGCGGAUAUAGAUGUUCCAAUCAUUUUGGGGAGGCCAUUUCUUGUUACCGGAAGGACUUUAAUUGAUGUCCAAAAAGGAGAGCUUACAAUGAGGAUGAAUGACCAACAAGUGGCUUUCAAUGUGUUCAAUGCAAUGAGGUUUCCAGAUGAUAUUGAUGAGUGUUCCUCUUUGAGUGUGAUUGAUGCUAUUGUGGCUGAAAAAUUGCAAAAAUAA